CAUCGGACGAGGCGUCACCGAGCACCACUCGCCCACUUUUGCUUAUUUUGUUAAUACUUUGCUGGCAGGUGCAGGUGCGGGAUGGCGCCAUCACGUGACCAGCAGGUGCCCCUCAGUCAUGGCGGGAAGAGUCCUGUUAGAAGUAGGAGCUGUGAGAGUCCAACAAAGGACAGAAAGAGAAAGUUGAUUAAGUCCGACCUCGCGGUAGACACUGAAGAGCUCAUCCAGGACCUGAUUGGCCUGCAAGAGACAUGGCUGGCAGAAGGCUCACUGUGCUCUAACAGAUCCGGGAUGCUUCAGGAUUUAAGUGCCGGUGUCCUCUUUCCUCCAUGUCUGCAGCACCCAACUUUUGCGCAGGUUCCCGACAAUGACGAGCAGUUUGUCCCAGACUUCCAGACUGAAAAUUUGGCGUUCCAUGGACUGCAGCUGAAGAUCAAGAGAGAGCUGCACAGUCCGUGUUCCGAGCUGAGCUCCACCUGCAGUCAAGAGCGGCCCUUCAAGCUCCAGUAUGGAGAGAAGUGCCUGUACGUCAGUGCCUAUGAGCAGAAGCAGCACGCAGGAAUGAAGCCCUCCAGCCCAGUGACACCCCCCUGUAGCACCCCUGUGUCCCCCCUCCAUCAUGCCUCACCCACAGCUGCCCCGACACCCAAACCUGACCGGACCUACACCCAGGUGCCAGUCUCACAGACGCUUCCUGACAGCGCCUAUGCCAUCGACCACAGAUUUCGCCGGCAACUUUCCGAGCCAUGCCACUCGUUCCCCUCCCCGCCGACAAUGUCUCGUGAUGGACGCCCCAUCUACCACCGGCAGAUGUCGGAGCCCAGCAUUCAUUUCCCUCCUCAAGGCUUCAAGCAGGAGUACGCCGACCCCCUGUUUGAGCAUCCGGCCAUGAUGGGGGCGCCGCUGCCCCACUUGUACCCCGCCACCAUGAUGAUCAAGCAGGAGCCCAGGGACUUCAAUUACGACUCAGCUGAGGUGCCCAGCUGCCAUUCUGUCUACUUGCGCCAAGAUGGCUACCUGGCACACGCCAACCGGACUGAAGGUUGCAUGUUUGACAAAGUGGCCAGGCACUUUUACGACGACACCUGUGUGGUGCCAGAAAAGAUGGAAGGCGACAUCAAGCAGGAGGCGGGCCUGUACCGCGAGGGCCCAUCCUACCAGCGUCGAGGCUCACUGCAGCUGUGGCAGUUCUUGGUGGCGCUGCUGGACGACCCGUCUAACUCACACUUCAUCGCCUGGACGGGCCGCGGCAUGGAGUUCAAGCUCAUCGAGCCGGAAGAGGUGGCACGUCGAUGGGGGAUCCAGAAGAACAGACCUGCCAUGAACUACGACAAGCUGAGCCGAUCGCUGCGCUACUACUAUGAGAAGGGAAUCAUGCAAAAGGUGGCCGGCGAGAGAUACGUGUACAAGUUUGUGUGCGACCCCGAGGCCUUGUUCUCCAUGGCGUUCCCGGACAAUCAGCGUCCCGUGCUGAAGACCGACAUGGAGCGUCAGAUCAACGAGGAGGACACGGUGCCGCUGUCGCACUUUGACGAAAACAUGGCCUACGUGCAGGAGGCGCCCUACUGUCAGCCGCACACCUACAGCGAGGGCUACGUCUACUAGCCCCGCCCCCUUCCCAUGUGGAAGUGACCUUGUUGUCCAACAUGGAGUGGACACUGUCUGAACACAUCCUCCUUUAUUAUUAUUGUUACUAUGAUUAUUAGUACUAUUUUUAUUUUGUUGCUCCUGUCUCUCAGACGUGCACUUUAUGGACCCCUAACCCGUUGUUUGUACAUUGAUGAGGGAACGCCAGCAUGCGGCACAUCACCAAGAGAGGACUCCCAAUGCCCGACUCACGAGGACAAACUUUACAUAUUUUGGGGAAUUUCACUGGAAUCUUUUCACCUACGCUACCAACAAAAAACAGUAAUUUCCUCCUUGUUUCAUUUCAAGACAAUUUGACCUACCUUCACGUCGGAGCAUUGAAAAGCAAAGGAAUCAAAGACAUUUGGUUCCGCCCAUCAGUGAUGUCUGGCCCCACCGCCGUCUCCUCUUGUGUACUUGUGAGGGAUGAUCACAUUAUCGCACCUGUGCUGCAUCCCCUGUGCACCUUGUGUGUUUACGGUCACCAUCGGCCACUUCCAUCAGGUACCCCCAAGAUCAGAGGUCGAAGCUGCUGUUUCUCAUAUUUUUGACCACCCCUUCAUGUACUGUAGCUAAAUAAGCUAACCAAAAUAUUGGAAAACGGUUGUCAGUAUGAGAAAUGCAGUUCUACACCAACAGCAAUAAUAAACACAUAGUUAAUUAAUUAAACCCGAUUACUUAUUGUCAGAAUUUCAAUCGUGACACCAAAUGUUAGCGUCACCCGCUGGCUUUGCUUUCUGGAAUGCAUCGAAAUCAGUCAUCCUUCGGGUGAAAAUGUAUGUAAAAGGAUGUAGUUUGUGUCCCACGGUUCAAUAAAUAAAAAGUGAUUUUCUGUCUGCAAAGUACAGAA